UUGUCUGUCCGUGUUGCGUUUGAGGGUAGUGUUGGUGAGGCGAGUGUGUUGUUUUGGUCUGUUUGUGCUCUGCUGCCUGUUGGUGUCCUACGAGGUGUUGUUGUUCGUGGUGGUGUUUUGGGAUGUAGUCUGCAUUUCCAUGUUAUGUUGUAUUGUCUAGUGUUUAUGUUUGUGCAAUGUUUGUGUACCCAGUGUGGUGUGUGGUGGUUGCAUCUGAAGGAUGUCUGUCUUCUUGUAAUCUGUUGUGUGCAAAUGUCGCAUGUCCAGGUAGUUUGUUGUGUGUGUGUUUGUUGCGCGCGUGAGAGUGUCUGUGUGGGCCCCGGAUUUGUCUCUAUGUCCCCCGCCUGGAGCAAAAGGUCCGCCCGCCACCCUGCCAGGUUCAGGGGGCGGUUAGCCGAAAAAAAACGGCCGUAAGGGCACCCCGUUCGGGGUGCAGGGAUUGGUUCCUUGAUUUGUCCCCCCAUUCGGGGGGAACCCUCCAACUGCGAGUAAGCCAAGGAGUUUGGAGGAGUCUUUUUACAGCGCCCCCUAUAUGUCGGGGGACAGCAGUAAACUGGGCUUCCGGGACAGGAUCCGGAUGAACAACUCCCGCUCGGCGCAGGUGAUCCGGAACAAGGCAUCGCCCCAGGCGCCCGGCCUGGCCGUGAGGCACUCGCCCAACCAGGAGAACGUCCCUGAGGCGGCCAGCCCCGGGAAGGUGCAGAAGAGCUGGAGCUUCAAUGACCGCACUCGCGUUCGGACCUCGCUGCGGCUCAAAGCCAGGCCUCCCGUUGACGUGGAGGGUCUGGGAGAGGACAGCGUGGACGACAGAGGCUACUGCAACAUUGCCAUGGACGAGGUCAUUCCCGCCGUCAAGACGCUCAUACGAGCCGUCAGGAUUUUGAAGUUCCUGGUGGCCAAGAGGAAGUUCAAGGAGACGCUGCGUCCGUACGACGUGAAGGACGUCAUCGAGCAGUACUCGGCGGGACACCUGGACAUGCUGGGCCGUAUCAAGAGCCUGCAGAUGCGGGUGGACCAGAUCAUCGGGCGAGGCGCCAUCCAGGCCGAUAAGAAGGCACGACCAGAAAAGGGCGAGAAGACGCCGCCGGAACUGGAGUCUCUGGAUGAGCUGAGCAUGAUGGGACGUGUGGUCAAAAAUGUGACACCUCCCUGCUUCCAGUCCGAGUCCAACUCCGAACAAUGA